CAGGUGGCAAUGGCGCCUCGAUGAUGGGUUGACAGUGUUUAACCAAAUCAUCGAAGUUUUCAAAAGUCGUAAAUUCGCCAAUCUGCUUCGGGAAAGACCAGACUUCCCUACUUUCAUGCUGCAGAACGAUUUGAAUCUGCUAUCCAAAAGUAAUCACGGCGAGACUGCUUUCGAGCUGUUCUUGAAACUCAUCGUUCAGGCAUCGCAAGAUCACCCGGAUGGUGACGAAGAUGCCCGUCGUAUGAAAUCAUCCCAAGUUAGGAAGCUACUUCAGCUAGCCAUUCCGGUCGGUUCUGUUCCAUUCACGAAAGCCGAGCCGCCUAGUGCACAUGAGCUCUCCAUGCUCUAUAAUCGAUUUAGUGCUUUAGUGGUCGCCAUUCAUCUCGAUCCAGUUGUCGUGAACCUUCGACGUCGACUAGCUCAAGCUCGUCGAUACGUAAAUUUCAAAGAAGCUGAUGAUACCACCAGGCUUGCAUGUAUCCGAGGGAUGAUGCACUUUGCUAUCAUGUUGCGACAUCAUUAUCUGCCAUUAGAUGAUCUUCUGGCUUGGUUGUCAGAGAUGUGUGAAAUACUCCUCUCUGAAUUCAAAGAAUUGGACGUUCCGGCAAGCAAAGAUGGUAAACCUCAGCCAACAAAUGCUGUCAAAGACAGGAUUAUUCUGGCCAUUCAGGUUCUCCUCGGUUCUGUUCGUCGUAUCAUCGAAACUCCUAGCAUGGACGAUACCCAAAAGCCGGCUGAGUAUCCCGACCCAGCUUUACUGGAGGGUCCAUGGGUCACACAGAUAUUCUCUGCCUCGACGAAUCUUGCAAGCUUGUCGAAAACAGGUGAAGAAAUCAGGCGCUUAGUACAGUCCUUCCUGGAUGCUCGCACAUCGGUCAUCCCCAAUGCUCCUGUGGCAACCACAGUGUCCGUAGAAAGCCAGGAAAGUCAAGAUGAAUAUGGGCAACUGCUUUGGGACUUGGAUGAUCCAGAAUUAUUGGCUGCUCUCGGCGACGAUACUGGAUCCUCCUUAGUAGCUGACGUCAAAGUGAAGGAAGAAACGGUGUGCAAGGUCAUCGACAAACACAUCUCACCAGCCAUAUAUCGGUUGGUUUGCAAACAUUUUAGCGAUGUUUCUGCUCCUUCAAUAGAAGACUACUGCCGCACCGCUGAUAAGUGGAUUGAUUGUUGGGUGGGAUGUGCUAGUGUUUUGGUCCAGAAUCGAAAAAGAGAUUGGUCGUUGUUCAUGAAACUUGGUCCUCAGUCUUGGGAAAGGAUUAUUGAUCCUGCCUGGCGUCGAAGAGUUGGCCUUCGAUUCACGUUUACGCUUCUCCAACUUGAUCGAGGCGCAUUUAAUUCCUACAAGGAUUAUUUUGUCGAAGUAUUACUAGAAUCCAUCGUCUCUGCCACCGUGACGCUCGAACAUGAAUAUAUGUCUUUGUUGUUCUCCAUAGACAGACUCCACCAUCCUUUGCUUCGCGGAGUCGAUGUAUCAGG